AUGAACGGGAUGGAAACAUCACCUUUGGCCCUGCUCACAGCUGAAAAGCAUGCCCAGCAGUUUCGUUACGAGAUGGCCCGCCGUGGAGUGCGUGGGGACGUUACUGAUAUGAUCGACUUCAAUGAAGAGAAGGCAUAUAUCGCCGGAGGAUCUUACUCGCACGUCGAGUCUGUUUGGUAUUAUGGAGACGAUGGCACGAGGCGGAAAGUCUGUCUUAAGACACUUCACUUGGCCACUACCCCCAAUGGAGAGCGUUUCCUCCGGGAAGGAAAAAUUUGGAGUUCUCUUAACCACCCCAACGUUACCCCUUUCUACGGUUGGGCACUUCAUGUGUCUGGGCCUGACGUGCAUGCCUGUUUCGUAUCCCAGUUGUGUACUGAGGGAAGCUUGCGUAAGUACUUGCGGUUCAAUCCUAACGUGCCGAAAAGCAAAAUGAUCCGUGAAAUCGCUGCUGGACUUCUUUAUCUUCAUGAUAGAGGGUUGGUUCACGGAGAUGUCAAGCCAACCAAUGUCUUGGUGAAUUUCGAUGGCCGGGCCAUGCUAUGCGAUUUCGGACUAUCGAUGGCAAUUGAUGAUAGCUCGACACACCCAAUUGGUAGCAGCAUUUUCACCACAGUACAAUUCUCUGCCCCCGAAUUGGUUAUGUUCGAGGAUCAACCUCCACCUCGCACCAAAAGCAGUGAUGUCUGGGCAUUUGGCUGCACGGCGAUGGAGGUUCUCUCUGGGCGAAAACCGUAUGAGUGGAAGCAUACCCUGAGGAUCCCAGACGAGAUGAAAAAAGGGGUCCUCCCUUUUAGGGAGUUUAGGUCCAAUUCGAGGUUGGAGACGAUCUUGCAGUAUUGUUUCGCCUGGAGCCCUAACCAUCGUCCUACAAUGUCUCAAGUAUACACAAACAUGCUUUCGUAA